AUGGACCGUUCCGACAUGGCACCCAUGUCCAAUUGCUCGACAUCUCAGCAUCACGCCUCAGUCAAGCGCGGCGUUUACGCGUCUGAGACUGAUGUAUAUUUUACCAUGCACAGGGGCGAGGUGAGGUUACUGGGUGAAGAUAAGAUGGUCUUUAUCAUCCAAAAGCAUGACUGGGUCUAUCCCGAGACUUUGCCACCCAUGCCUCAGUGCAUCGCCGAGCAGGACCAGGCAGCAUGGCUAGGUGCCAUGACAAAAUGUACAAAGAAGCAAUGCAUGCGACACUUUGGAGUGAUCUGUACCCGCCACCAAUGGCGCACUCAGCUCAGCUGUCUCAACACGGAGCUUUCCCCUCAACUUCUUAAACAGUACAUUGGUUACUGCAGCCGUUCGGUUCUGAAAAGGGCACAGCUGUACCAGUGGAUCCGCACAACGACGGGCCGUACAUGGCUCACCGAGGUCGGCGAUGCUAACGGGCUACAGAGGCUUUCUCCAGGCUCGCUAAUUAAAGGAUAUGCACCUGUCCGUAUCAAAGACAAAGCGCCGGCAUGUCUGACUGAGUCGGUAUCUGCCUCAUCAAUGGAGCCAUUUGGACAAGUCAUGGCAUCUUGCGGUUUCGGGGCCUACACUAGACAUAUGGGGAAUGCUAAACGUCCAUGGGAGUAUCAUGAAGGUGAGCAUUCAAUGGUCGCCCUGGAUAUUGAGGUUGCCGGGUACGACCUGACGCAUGCCACUAUCCCGGACAAUUAUUACUUUGACAAGCAGUGCUUCUGCAAGACAUUUGAUGCAAGUCUUGCAGCACAUUAUUGUGCAGGGCCUGGGAUAGAUUCGACGAGGCAACGAUUAUGGAUGCAUGCUACUUGCGGGCCUGCUUCACUUCCUCCUGACUGGAGGGAAGGACUCAAAACCACUCCUCGCGACUACAUUCCUACGGAAAGAUGGAAAUGGCCUCAGUGCUUCAAUUCGAUGCCGGAUAGCGUGAUGCGGCUCAAGAAUCAAUGCACGACUAGUGCUUGCAGAGUUGGCUUCGACGGAUACUGCUAUGUCCAAAGUGCAGUAGAGAGAUCGUGUUUCUGCCGCAACAUCAGCUACGACACAUGUAAAGGAUCCUGUCACGUCUUCGACAACCGAAUCGAUUACGUACGCUGGCUCCACGAUUUAUGCGGCGCCGAGGAAGAUUGGCAUGGUUUUCCAGAAGACUGGCAUCGACUAGCCAGCGUCAGUCGUCGCGAUGCCAUUCCAUGGGCAUGGUACACGGAAUCAUUUGGUCUUUCAAAUCUCAGUACGGGAGAAACCAACCCCUCAACCUCCAAACAAACAUGUGCAUCGAGCGAGUGGAAACAAAUGAGCCUCCUCCUUGUCAACCUCGCCGCCCUCUUCACCGCCGUCUUCGGCCCAAAAUCAGCUUCCGACCCAACCACAAACCCCUUGAACAGCAUCCUAUGGUUCCCACGCGGCAUCGCCGUAGCAGCCUUCUACCUCCUCGCCAACGCCAUCAACGCCAUGCUCAUCCAAUCAACCCCUACUUACGAGGAAACCCCCAUGACGGAGCUCGCCCUCCUCUGGUGUACCAUACCACGCCUAACCUGGCUCACCAUCAUCCUCGUCCUCGCCUCGCCCUACAAACGCUCUACUUUCUCCGCUGUAGCCACAGCUAUCGUCUCCGAGGCGCUCCUACAAGCUCUCUCCUCUCCCACCAUAAUCUCCACCGUAUCCUACGGCAUCAAGCACGGCUUCUACAACCCAAAUACACCCGUACUACACAACCUGCCAGCAGCAACGUACAUGUAUGCCGGCGCUCUCAUGUGGGUCGUCGUCAUGCUCCUGUCUAUAGUAUCUUUCUUAAUCAUCCUCCUCGAUGCAAGUGCACCACAAGACAGCCCAUCUGUGUACUCUAGUUACACCCAAAACGCUCAUCUCGCAGCUCAGCUCAGAGAACCGUUUCUAGAGCGCUGGACAUGGAUCGAGGAGAAAAUUGCAGAGUAUUGGAUCGAUAGGGAUUGGGAUUUCGAACACACGCCCCUGAUGCAGAAUCAGGGUUACGUGCAUGCUGUGUAUGGGACGCUGCCGACCAAGACUCCACGAGGGCGCGGCAUGAAGAGGAGUAUAGUAAGGGUCACGCUGCUGGCUAUUGUGAGUACGUUUUCGCUGUGGAUUGCGCAGUGGCUGUUUUGGAUUGGUUUUGUGGGCAUUUCGGCGGAAGAGUAA